AUGUACAUCAAGCAGAUCAAGAACGUUCACGCGGAAAUCACUGGCAGUAUUCUCAAAGAGACGCACCAAGAAGAAAAUUUCAAGAACAGGAUUAACGUGAAUACCAGCAAAAGAGCUGAGGCUCAAAAAGAGAGCUUACAAGAGGAUCCUCAAACCACCAAUUGCUUCAAAUCUAUGAUAAAAGCUGCUGAAAAGCAAGAACUGGACAUGGAGAAUGAUUUCAAGAAAAGAAUACAGGCUGCGUUUAAACCUAGAGGAGAGAGCGAGGACGAAGUCUAUCCAACAGUUGUCAAGCCGAAAUGGGGCAACGCUGUCCAUGAUGGAGAGAUUUCUGGCUUGCUCAAGGAAAGCAUCCAAAGCGUCAAGAAGAUGGCAGAGAAAGAAAAGCUCUCUCAAUCUGAAGCAGCCGAGUCCUGGACAUUCCAAAAGGCGCUUGAAAUACUGGAACCUUACUUGCAACCCACGAAUCCCCAAGCCCACCAUCCCGUUCCUCGAAUAACCGACGAAGCGUACCAAUCUUUGAAGUUUCUUUGGACUUUUCAUCCCGCCUCAUUCCUCAGAAUCCGCGCAUCCCUGUCCUCCAGACUGGACAACAAGUGGGAAGUACAACGCCGACUGGUAACAGUCACAACCCAGAUCACCCAGAAGACAAUCGUUGAGAAUUGGAUGUUGAUCAGAAAUGCCCUGCUGGAUGGGCUGCAGAACGAACGAAGGACCAGCUUGAAAUUCUACGAGGUCCGCUUACAACUGGCCCGAGAAUUCCCGAAUAUUGUUUAUUACUCGGAUCUAUUCUUGCCGAUUUUUUCCAGAAUUCUGGAGGAUGAAGUGGCCAAUACUGGCCAAACUCUGCUACCAUUUUUAAGAUCAUGGAUGGGAGAUCAUGAAUCAUCCAGGAGAUUGAAGACCCCGAUCUCCGAAAGGCUUUAUCAACUGAAGAUCGAAUUGUCUCAGGAUCUUUCCGAGAACUUGCGAGCUUCAGAGAUAGCCCGGGGAGUGGACGUCUGGACUGUGCACCAUUGGAUCAAAUGUCUUGGCCUGGGACAGCCAAAGAAAUUAGACGAUUGGACGGACGAUGAAGUGCUUUUCUCUAUGGAAAAGCUGCAAAAGUUGAUUGCAGGGAUGUCGAGAAACGAGGGGAUUCCGUGGCAUGAGUCGGCGAGUCGGGCCUGGCUAAUCGAAACAUUUGGCCAAGAGAUAUACACUCAACAACUUGACUUACUGUGUAAUAAAUACAAACAAAUUCGGGCACGUCUUGUGAGCCAUGAAGAUCACCGGUGGAAGAACAAUGGAUCUAGUGUGAUCAAGAUUCUUGAUGGCCAGGAGGAAGACAAGUUGAAGUUUGCCGAUCAUGGGCUGGAUUUCAAGCUCAUACAGGCCAUCAAGAUCAUCCGCUCAGUCAAUCAACAAUUUCGGGCGGAUUGGAACUCAUUGUUUGACUCUUGUCCUUCAAAACUCACCUCAAAUCAAAAAGAUUUCAUUAAGAUCUGGUUUGCAGAUAAUUUCAUUUGA